AUGAACAGCGCCGAAGCAAAAGAGGCCAAAGAGGCUGAGCAGGCGGCACACUACGCCCUGAUCGAACAGCUCGACAUCCACUCCAUCCACAAGUCCUUCCGGAACCCUUCGUGGCGGCCCAAUCAGCGGCGAAACAAGAACAUCAAGACAAUCCUGGGCGAUGCCUCCAGAAGGGAAGCCUCCCUGGCCGUCACGCCGAUGGACAACGGCUCAGGCGCCGCAACGCCCAACGACGCCGCCCGCGACGACGACAAGGACGACGGCCUCUCGACGAGCGGGACCUCAACACCAGCCAACGACGCGUCCUCGACGCCCGGCGGCGCGGGCGGCACCCCCUCCUCCUCCCAGCCCAACCUCGCGCAGGCGUCGCGCAGCCUCGCGACGUACACCAACAUCGAGAGCGCGCCGAGCCUGGCGCCGCAGAAGCGGUACUGCGACGUCACGGGCCUGCCGGCGCCGUACCAGGACCCCAAGACGCGGCUGCGGUACCACGACAAGGAGGUCUUCGCCAUGAUACGGGGGCUACCGCAGGGGUACGCCGAGCAGUACCUGGAGGCCCGCGGCGCGCACACGGUCCUGAAGUGA